AUGUCGAACCCCCACCAGCUGUCGCACUUCGAACGAUGGGCAGUACGCGCCUCGGACUCACAGUUCAAUGCCCUCUCUGGUGCAAUUGGUGGCUUCACCUCGGGUAUCGUCACCUGCCCACUGGAUGUUAUCAAGACAAAGCUUCAGGCCCAGGGAGGAUUUGCUGCCAUCCAGAAGGGGCGCCAUGUCGGUCAUCAUAAGGUGUAUGAAGGCUUGCUCGGAACUGGACGGGUGAUAUGGAGAGAAGAGGGGCUGCGUGGCAUGUACCGGGGGCUGGGCCCGAUAAUAUUGGGUUACCUGCCCACCUGGGCUGUCUGGUUUACCGUCUACAACAAGAGCAAGGUUGUCCUGGCUCAACAUCACGAAAACAGAUUCGUGAUCAACUUCUGGUCGUCCAUCAUCGCAGGAGCCAGCAGCACCAUUGUCACCAACCCCAUCUGGGUGAUAAAGACCAGGCUGAUGUCACAAACCGGCCAUCAUAGCCGACCACGGUUUUCUGUCUUCCCUAAGGGAUCAAAUACACCUACUUCCCGGCCGACAUUACAUGCUCCCUGGCACUAUCGGUCAACUCUUGAUGCUGCGCGCAAGAUGUACACCACUGAGGGCAUCCUUUCCUUCUAUUCUGGCCUCACCCCAGCACUCCUUGGCCUAACUCAUGUUGCAGUGCAGUUCCCUGCAUAUGAGUACCUCAAGACGAGAUUUACUGGCCAGGGAAUGGGAGGAUCACCCGAGGGUGCGGGCGACGGUGAGGCACACUGGUUUGGUGUCCUCUCAGCCUCCAUCCUCUCCAAGAUCCUGGCCAGCAGUGCCACCUACCCACACGAGGUGAUCCGCACAAGGCUGCAGACACAGCGCCGACCAGCACCGGGACACGAGUACCUAGGAGGCGUGGCACAGGGUGCUGGCAAUAACGGUGCCUCAAGUCCUGCUGCUCUGAACCAGCAGCAGCCGCAACCCCGUCGGUACAGGGGUAUCGUCAUGACCGUCCGCACAAUUUUUCUUGAGGAAGGCUGGCGAGCAUUCUACGCCGGCAUGGGCACCAACAUGAUGCGUGCUGUGCCUGCUGCGACAGUCACCAUGUGCACCUACGAAUAUGUAAUGGAGCAGCUGAAGAAGACGCGCCACAACGCCAGGCACAAGCUUGAGCAGAGCAACCCCGAUGUGAGCUUCUCAUAG